CAGAUUUAAAGCAACACGCUCAUUUCAAUACUCCCAGUUUUCACAUUGGUUUACGAUUUUAUUGUCAUGCCAGCUCGGAAACGUCUAAAAACGUACCCAGCCACACCCCAGCGGACAUGCCACCAGAGGUUACCCCAUAGCCAUCCCCAAAGUGAGGUAUUCUUGGGGCGAUCUUCUGCUGGAGUCUCUGGCCAGGCAAACCAGGAAGCCCCUCCUGCGAACCAAGACAGAGGCAGCAGGAAGAGGCCUAGGUGCAACAGCAACAGCAACACAACAGUGUCCGCACCCACCACCAGCAACAGCACCAGGCCAAGCUCUGCCGUCUCCUCAAAGAGGAAGAGGGACAGCACCACUGAUUCAGUAAAGAGCCCUUCUUUUGAGGACCUAGAGGAUGAGGUGUCCAAGAAGAUUUGCGCUGAAACCCCUGAAGGCACUUUCACCUUCAAGUACUCUGUGGGAGAGCAGCUUGGCUCCGGUGGAUAUGGUUCAGUGUACGAAGGCACCAGGAAGUCUGAUGGAGAACAGGUGGCCAUAAAGUACAUAUUGAAGCGGAGGGCACCGAAAUAUAUCACAAUGCCUGAUGGCAAGAAGCUGCCUUUGGAGGUGGCCUUGAUGACUCUGGUGUCCCAGCCCGAGGCGUGCCCUAACAUCGUGCAACUGCUGGACUGGUACGACUGCGGCAAGUUCUUCAUCCUGGUCCUGGAGCGCCCCAGUCUGUACAUCGACCUGUUUGACGCCUGCCUGAUGAUAACUGGCUACAUACUCGCAGAGGACGUGGUGCAGAAGCUCAUGAGGCAGCUCGUCCACGCCCUCAUCCACUGUCGCGACCACGGCGUGUUUCACCGCGACGUGAAACAAGAAAACAUCCUGGUCAACCUGGAUGAUUGGACUCUGAAGCUGAUAGACUUUGGUUGUGGUGACCUUCUGAAAGAGGACUACAGAGGGCUGUGCGGUACCGAGAGGUUUAUCCCACCCGAGAUGUUUCAGCACAGACGCUACAAGGCGGCCCCGACUACCACAUGGUCACUGGGCGUGCUGCUCUUUGAGCUGGUCUCUGGUAACGUGGCCUUUCACAACAGCGAAGAAACCGUGUCUCACCAGCCGGAGUUUCCAGAGCAUCUGUCUGAAGCAUGUAAGGACCUCAUCAGCUGGUGCUUGAGGAAGGAGCCAGAGGAAAGACCCACUCUGGAGGGCAUACUGACGCAUGAGUGGAUGACCACCAAUCGCUCGUAAAUGACCACAGGGAGGAGAGACAGCAGGCAGGCAUCAUCAGUACAGACAGGCCACAGGGAGAGAUCCAAAAUGCCACAGAGAGGAAGUGGGUGUGGGAGUACAGGACAAGUGCUUUCUCUCCCCCAGCCUCCACUGUGCAUUGGCCGAGUUGUACCAACACACUCAGUGGGCUUCCCACUCUGUUGAUGCUCUCCCCUGCAAAGACUCUCCUGUCUGUGACUUGCAUUGGGACACUGAUGUAUUUACCAUCCUCAAGUUCCGUUUCUCAUUGUCCUGAACAACCUUCCCAAUUGAAAGACCUACAACGUGACAUCAGCCUGCUACUUGUGUCCCAUAAGAACUCAGCUCUUCUGCACCCUACAUGAUGUCCCUGUGCUCAGGCACCAUCUUCUUCAGCACUGGGGCUUAAUUAAAAUACACCUGAGCUGCUAAAUGA